AUUUAAUCAAUUUAAACAUUUUUCUACUAAAUUUUCUUUCUUUUUUUUUCUCAGUUUUUCUUCCCAAAAUUGCAUUGUACCUUAAAUUACCAAGAUGGCUGGAAUGAGCAAUAAGGAUGCACCUCUCCGUCUGCUCUCUCUUGAUGGCGGUGGUGUCCGCGGUGUCAGUGAGCUCAUUAUCUUACAACAAUUGAUGCUCAACAUCCAAAAAAAUUACCGUCUCCCAGUUACCCCCAAGCCCUGUGAAGUGUUUGACAUGAUUGGAGGCACCAGCACCGGAGGACUCAUUGCAAUCAUGCUGGGCCGACUUCAGAUGUCCGUAGAUCAGGUCCUCGACGAAUACACCGUUCUGUCGAAGGAUGUCUUUGGGGAGUCAAAGGCCACUCUGAAUGGGCGAUUCAAAGCGACAAAUCUGGAGAAUGCCAUUCGGGGCAUGAUUCAGCGAUACGGCGAGGGGGGUCCGAAUGCGAAGCUCUUUGCACCGGGUAACCAUUGUAAAGCGUUUGUGGUUUCUAAAGACGCCAGUAACGUCUCUGGACCUGCUCAGCUGUACAGAUCGUACACAACUGGUAGCCCCGAUGACCAUCUCGAUGUCACAAUUUGCGAAGCUGCACGAGCAACAUCCGCUGCACCUACAUUCUUCAAACGUCAAGAGAUAGACCAUCAAGGACAGACCCACGAGCUUGUCGACGGUGCAAUGGGAGCCAAUAACCCCACGAGAUUGCUGAUCGCAGAGGUCCAGAGUGUAUUCCCUCCCAGCAAGGGCGUUUCCUGCAUCGUCAGCAUCGGGACCGGGAAGAAGGAUAUCAGCGAUGUCAAGGCUCCCAGCCUCUUCCAGCGUAUUGUAAUGCCGGGCGUUCCAUUUUCUGCAUUGCGCGCCAUGAAAGAUAUUACUACUAAUUGUGAAGCUGUGUCUGAGGAGUUGGAGCGCAGGUUUUACGACACACCGAACUUGUACCAUCGGUUCAAUGUGGAGCAUGGACUGGAAAAAAUUGGGCUGGAUAAAUAUAAGCAGUUGGGCGUCAUCAAAUCGAAAACGAUUCAGUAUUUGCAGGAAGUUCUUGUUGAGAAAAAAGCGGAGCAGGCCUCAUUUUCUUUGCUUGAUAAUGCGGUUGUGAAUACUACUGUCGAGGGGUUGGGGUUUUGAAUGGUGAAAAAUUUUGUCUUUUUCUAUUGAUUGCUUGUACGGAGUACUAAGCACGGAGUAUACGGGGUUAUUCUCAAUUCAUGAUAUCUAGGUAUAUAUGCCUAAGCCUUGAGUGUCGGCUGUCUGGUCAUGCAAUACAACUGUUUUCGUUAGCAUCAAUCAAGUCCACCAU